AUGGAUAGAGAUAGCCUAAAAAAAGAUUACAUAGAACUUGUUGCAAGUGUGAGGGAAUACGUGGAAGAACAACUUCAACUCGGUUUCAAAGAAUCAGAACUGAGCGAACCUGAGCAGGAAUCGCCUUACGCGAACUUCGAUCUGACUGCGCUGGCUACCGAUGCCGCAAGUUGCACCAAAUGUCCGUUGCACGAAACACGGAAUAGUGUGGUUUUUGGUGUUGGAAACACGGACGCUGACCUUAUGUUCAUCGGUGAAGCACCAGGGGCUGAUGAAGAUCGACAGGGGGAACCUUUUGUUGGUCGAGCCGGUCAAUUGCUGACGCAAAUCAUUGAGGGAGGGAUGAAACUCAAGCGAGAGGAUGUCUACAUCGCCAAUGUGCUUAAAUGUCGUCCCCCCGGCAACAGGAACCCUGAACCCGUUGAGGUUGAAACCUGUAAUCCUUAUUUGGUGCGUCAGAUAGAACUCAUUCAACCGAAGGUGAUUAUCGCGCUCGGAAGUUUUGCGGCACAGAUGUUGCUUGGGACAAAAAUCGGUAUUACAAAACUUCGUGGGGAGUUCCAUGCGUGUAAGGUGGCAGGACUCCGCGUCCUUCCACAUAAGAAACCACCAGUGGUCAUGCCGACGUUUCAUCCGGCAUACCUGCUCAGAAACCCGAACGCCAAGGCGGACGUGUGGGAAGAUAUUAAAAAGGUGCUUGCUUUUUUAGCAGAUGUUUAA